GUCGCUCCACGCUUCCCUUCUCGGCGCCUGCGCGUUCUGUUGCCGGCAAGUGGAAGCGGGGUGGUGUAACCUCUUUUCCCCUAGUGUCUCUUAGCGCCGCCCGGACAUCGUGCUGGUCGCUAGCACCAUGAAGAUUUGGACGUCAGAGCACGUUUUCGAUCACCCAUGGGAAACAGUUACAACAGCUGCUAUGCAGAAAUAUCCAAAUCCUAUGAAUCCAAGUGUAGUUGGAGUUGAUGUGUUAGACAGACAUAUAGAUCCCACUGGGAAAUUGCAUAGCCAUAGACUUCUCAGCACAGAGUGGGGAAUGCCCUCUAUUGUAAAAUCGCUUAUCGGAGCAGCAAGAACCAAAACAUACGUGCAGGAACAUUCUGUAGUUGAUCCCAUAGAGAAAACAAUGGAGCUUAAAUCCUCUAAUAUUUCAUUUACAAAUAUGGUUUCAGUAGAUGAGAGACUUAUAUAUAAACCACAUCCUCAAGAACCAGGAAAGACCAUUUUGACUCAAGAAGCCAUAAUCACUGUAAAAGGAGUGAGCCUGAGCAGUUAUCUAGAAGGACUGAUGGAAAGUACAAUAUCAUCUAAUGCUAAUAAAGGUCGAGAAGCAAUGGAGUGGGUAAUUAACAAAUUAAACGCCGAGAUUGAAGAGUUGACUGCUUCAGCAAGAGGAAGCAUGAGGACACCUAUGGCUGCAGCAGCAUUUGUAGAGAAAUGAUAAUGGCUGUUUAUAUGAAAUAUUACUAGGUCCACCAGGGUCUCUCCAGACUGAUGACAAAAAUAUUUAUUCAUAUUUGGUACUUAAGAGGCAUUUCUGUAUAUUAGCUAGGUAUUCGAUUAGCUUGGAGAAAGGCUGCAACUUUUGAUGGAAAAAGAGGGGAAGGUGCAGGGCUUCCCAACAUAUGGGAUCAACUGGAAUUAACACUACCCAAAAAUACCAUGUAAUAUCAAGUUUCCAACAUUUGAAGAUUUAAGGAUAUUUCAAAUGGAUACCUUGACCAGAAACUGGCAUGUUGAAUCUCUAAAAAGUUGAAUUUUAUAACAUUUAAUUCAUGAAACUACCUGGUUUUGGACCAACUCCAAAAUGAAGCAGAACUACCUUUUCUAGCAUGAUUUCUCAAGCAGUUUUCAUGUUGUAAUAGCUUUCUUUGGAAAGAAAGUAUAUUACUUGAUAUCCAAAUGCAGGCCUUUUUAUUUGUACAAAAGUAAUUGGCUUUGAAAAACUGUGGCAUUCUGAAUUGGUACUUAAGUGAUAUUUUUGUAGUGAAUACUGUCAUUAAAGUGAUAAUAACUCCCAAUGUACACUUGAUUGCAUUAUAUUACAGAGUACUGUAUUGAUUUGCCAAAAUUUUGUGAUAUAAUACAGACACGAUCUAUCUUGAUUUUGCAUUUGCAGAAAUGUGCAUCAUUUAGGAUGCUGAAUUGUGGGCAUGUGAUGUUCACUUCAAAAUUUGAAGAGGAACCAAAAUAAAAAAUAAAGUUAUUACCUGAAUUUAAGAGCAUCAUAAAAUUUAAACUAACAACUAUUUGCAUCUUUUAAGCAUUUCACAUAAUGCUUAAUUAACUGAUACAAAAAUUGCCGUGUGACUGAAUCAUGCAUCAAUAAUUGCUGUAGCAUGAUAUGUCAAAUUAUUUAACUGUAAAAUAGUUAAUUGCUUCUUUUUAUUGUAGUAAUUGACGACAAACAAGUCUUUUUUUUUUACAAUGCAUAUCCAUGGAUCAUUUGAUUUAAUUUCCAGUCUGAUUUGAAAUAUAAAUCCUAGGUACUUAGCUCUCUUUAUAAUCCUAUGGUGCCACUGCCAAAAGAAGGAACUUAACCACAGCUAACCACUAAGAGAAAUUGCACUGAAGCUUUUAUUUGUGGGAAGUCCUUUUGGUACCAGAGGGCCAACUGGAAUACUGAAAAGCUAUUCCAGAAAAUGUUAUAUUUUGUUUAAUAUUUCAAAGCAGAUAAUUGUUAACUGCUAAACAGUAUUUUCUGAUUCUUGUAAUUAUUUCUAUAAUACCGAAAUUGCAUAUGGAGUAUUUUAAAAGAAAGUUAGAUCUUGCCUUUAACUAUGCUUAAUAUAAGUUGGAACUAAUGUAAAGGUUUCCUACACUGUAAAGGUUUCCUAUAGAAAAAACUAGUAUGUAUGUACAUAAGCCACAGAAAUGUAAGUUUACCAAACUAUUUAAAAAUGAGUAUUUUUUCUAUUUAAAAUAUGGUUUAGCUUGAGACUUUGUUAGUACAUUUGUAAAAACAACUCUCAAAAUCCAUUAAGGUUUGUGAUUAUUUUUUGUAACAGGAGAUUGUUUUUACAACUGAAAUAUUUCAGCUAAACAAAAUACAGUAAAUGUUAAUACUUGAUAAAAGUUGGCUGUGUAUAAUUUCCGUAAGUUGUACUUGUUCAGAAAAAGGUGUAAUGCACUAAGGAUAAAAUAUUUCUAAACAAGG